UUCAAAUAUCUUAAGAUACGUAAAGCAAGGAAUGUGAUGAUGCACAACAUUCCUCAGCUUUCAGAUGAUGAGGUUGAGGGAUAUUUAAAAGAUAUGAUAGCAGUGUUGAAAGAUCCUAAGGCACUUUUGUAUGACUCUGAAGCACAAACUGCUGUCACACAUUUAGAAACACUAUUAAAUACACGACUUAUCUUGACAACUGACAUGGAAAAGAAAGCAAUUGAAAGUACACUGUCAGUGAUUGAAGACGUUGGCACACAAUGUGAAGAAGUAUCAAAUGCACAUAAAAUUCGAUUUCAAGAAAUAGUAGAAAAAGAAACACUGCGAUGUCAAGAAAAAUUGCAAGAUUUGACCAAUGAAUCGAUAGAAAAAAUACGAAAAGAAACAGAUAAUUCUUUAAAGGGGUUGCAAAGAGAGCGGAAGAAUGCAGACCUUGUCGAAAAGAACGAAAACAUUUUAAAAGACAUAAUACAUCUUUGUAAAAAGAAAAAGGAAAAGUGCUUGGAAAACAUACUUUUAAUUGGAACUGCAGGUUGUGGAAGGAGUGCAUUUAUUAACACCGUUCAUAAGGCACUUUCUGGGAGAUACAUAAUGAAAGCAAAAUGCGGACAUGGAAAAUGCUUAAGUUUAACAAGAACGUUUCAGAGAUUUACAAAUUGUGGAAUGAAAGAGGAGGAUAUAGUCAAUACUGACCGUUACAAUGAUGUGAAAGACAUAGUACCGUAUCUUCCAUCACUGAUUGAUAUGCCACCAUUAGGAGAUGCCUACAACCCGCAGCUACAAGAAUUGCUUGAACUUGCUAUUGGAGGUUACAUUCCAAACGGAACUAGUAUUGAAUCAAUAUGUAAGCUACAGAGCGAAAAUUAUCCAGGAUUUCUUAAAGAUUAUUUUGCGACAAGUGACCCUGACAUGAAAGUUGGCAUUGUGCUAUUAUUCUACUCAGGCAAAGGCAUUUUACCAAUACAAUUGAAAACGAAAUGUGAGUUUAAAUGACUUAAAAACUUAGAUGAUUUCCAUUCCUGACCAAUUAAAUUGAAAUAAGUAAAUUGAUGAAGGUACAGUUUAUACAUUUGAUUACCAUUUUGUUUUGUGCCAUGUAGUGCGACUUUUUGAAAACGCAGAUACAAACAAAGAUAUUAAUGAUUAUUUGUAAACUUAAUUUCAUUUUAUUAUUUUCACGUACAACAUCACUACAUUUCGCCCACUGCGCUAAAUUUCCAUUCGUUUUGGAUAUCCAUUGGUCCAGUGGUUAAUUGGUUGUGAAAAGACAAUUCUAUGGAGUAAACUUAAACGAAAUGACAUAACUUUAAUAGUAUCGGUUUGACCUAAAACUUUUCAAACAAAAUACCUUACUCAUUUACGUUACUUAUAUGUACAUGAUGAUUUUUAAUUUGGCUUACAUAUGAAAUUACAGAUGAAAUUUCCGACAUGGGUAAAAAUAACGGAAACACCAGUCAUAUAUGCAAGAAUAUUUCUACCUUUGUAUUAGACAUAUCAUCACAGUUGUUUAACUUCUAUAUUCUUUAUAUUCAAUUUCAGACACUAUUGAUGUUUUCCAUGUUAUAACAAAAUUUGACUUGGUCUAUGAUUCCAAUGAGCCAAUGAUCUACCAUGAAAUCAGUUUAGAAUAUAUUGAAAGAAAGGAGAAAGCCAUAGGUGACUUAUAUGAUGUUUUCAACACGCUUGAAUAUCACCUGGUUCGAUGGACGAGUUACAAUGAUACCAUUGGCUACGACAACAUAAAUGUAGACAAUAUCGCAUUAACAUUUGUCCAACGUUUGUUAACAAAAUGUUACAGAGAGUCAAAACCAUGCAAUCAACCACGUGCUUUAUAUUGGAGACCCUUUCUUAUCAAAACUAAAAGCUUAGCGUGGUGGUUUCAAAAGAACAUAUUAAGUAUAUGUUUUAGCCACAACUUUUAUAUAAUCAGAGGGAUGAUAUUUCAUGACUUCAGCAGUUGGUUACUAAAUCAGGUUGUGCUGGCGGGAAAUCUGCAUUAAUAGUUGAGAUUUAAUUUUGUUGCACUUUGAUUAUAGAAAUGGGAGCUCCUUUCAUCUACAUCUACAUAAAAAACCAAGCCACGUUGUACAUUGCAUCGUGAUAAAUUAAACACAUGUAUUGUUAAAUUUUGUCACAUGAGUUUGUUUUUAUAAUUGUUUGUGUCAAAAAAACAUGCUAUUUUGUUUAUUUAGAUCUACUUUGAAAUUCAUAAUAUGUCACACCGGGAAAAGAAAUUCACAAGCUUUAUCAAAGUGAUUGUAGUGGUGAAAAAAUUAAAGUACACAUUGAGAUAUACAAAUCUAGAUUUAAAAAAAAACUAAGCCAAAUUAAAUGAAUAUCAAAAUUACUUUUUUAUUAAAAAUUAAAGUGUUCCGUUAAAGUUCUAAGGUCAAUUGACUUUCUUUAAUGUUAAUACACUGUAUUUCAAUUAAAAACAAACAUAUAAUUAAAAAUGAGAGUAAAUUGCUAGAUGUAUAACUUUUCUUGGUCUUUAUUUAGGCUUAAAGAACGACGCCAGGGUAAAACGUUUGACAACGUAAUUCAAUCUAUUAACAUUUUCAUCCCGAAAUCUUUGAGAGUCACGUGAAGGCUCGUUAAACGGCUAUGCCUCCACAAACCAUGCAACAUACAUUAAGAAGCAAUAAUUAGUAAGAUAUACAUCCGGAGGAUGUUAUUGAAUCCCAACAAAUUCAUAAAACAUAUGAUAUUUUAUAUCUGUUGUCUGUGGUGAUAUAAUAAUGUUAUAAUACAUUUUCUAGUACAACACUGAAUUAUGAUGGACGUGUACAAAGCCGUAGCUUCAAUCUUUUACAUCUAGCAUACUCUAAGUAUCACAUAUUAAGCUCCUGAGAGUGAUGUUUCACAAUGUUUAUGUUUCCAAAAAUAUGAAAACAAAACAGGGUCAACAAGGAAGAGUUGCGUCAGAUGUACGUAUCCCUACCCGACCCAGCAACACAAGCCUAGGAGCAAUGAGUCUAUCAGCAAUUGGCCUAGCAGCAAGGAGCCCAGCAGGACACCAAACAAAAGCGGGAAUGGGAACAAGGCAAAGCACUGACGUUAGAUUAAUUUUAUUUAAUAUAAUUAUCUUUAGCAAGAUGUUAGUUAUAUCUAUAUUUUGACAUAACUGAAUAAAAACUAUGAUAAAAUAUGUAUUACUAUUUAUAUAGAUCUACAUAUAAUAACUAAUAUUAGACAUUAACAGGGUUAUAGACAGCCAGCAUAUAAAAGGCCCAUUAUGCCUCAGAAAUCAUUUACAUUUCUCAAAAAUACAGAAUUGAAAAAUUAUGGAUUUCUGAUGUAUAAUAUGCCUUUAAUAUUUUAACGGCU